UGCACUCGCUACGUCAGAGAUGCCGACUGUUUCAAGCAACUCUUUUCCGGGUCGCUCUCGUUUCUGCGGUACAUGGCCGUACACGAGGAAUGAGCAGCUAAUAGACAACAUCCACCAGCUGUCAUGCACAUGCGUAAACAAUUAUUUAAGGCUUUUUAACGAGUACUUUUUGCUACGUUUCCCCUGUUAAAGCUACUUUACAAGCUGAAAUUAAAAUACAACCCUGACAUGAGGAACUUUAUAUUUAUGUUUAUACAUUUUGGCGGCCACUAGUUUUCACUAAGGUGACCAUACAAUUUUAAUUCAUCACAUUGUGACAUUGGCGUGAUGCGCGUAAUGGCAUUAUAACCACCCGCACAUGGAUGUGCAUUAUUGAUGUCGUGAAGGUCCAGCGCGUGAGCGCCGUGAUCUACCGGCGGAUCCUUCCCCGUAACCAUUUGAUUAUUAUCUCCGAAAUCAUCUCCGCUUUCCUCCAGACAACAAUGGCCGGAAACACUGCUGUCCGCGCGUGUGCGCCCUAAAUCAAUACAAUCUAAUUGGCCGAUAUAUCGCCGCCACGCAGCGUCCGCCUACGUUUGGGGAUCGUUGUUCCCUGAGCGCGGUUGAUAUAGUACGCGCGACACAGCAGCGGUGUGUGUUGGCGGCACUCUUAAGCGCCUGUCCUUGAGGCAUCUCGCACCAUGAACGUACACACAACAAAACCAUGUCAUUCGACAUUUUGUCUUUAUGUACAGCAAUUUAGAACAUCCACACAGAGUGUUUUCCGCCACCCUUGACAAGUUCUGGCGUAAAUGUGUAAAGUGUCAAACCCUAUUCCGGUCAAUGCGAUGUGAUCAGCAAUUUCUCAUUUUCUCGUAUCACUGACACAGCGGAAAGGUUUAUGUUGGCUGAGGUUAUGCUAAUGCCGCAUAUACUCCAGCUAAAGCCCACCGACUGGUUAUAAAUUUAAUAACCGUCCAUAUCGUGCAGACCGCAGUCUUCUCAGUUUAAUAUUAAUCUGAUUGUAAAUUUUGGAUUUUUUCUUCCCUUGCGUCCGGCCUUGUACAAAUUCGUAAAAAUGGCGAAAUUUCACAAUAAUAACGAUUAUGCUAACGAUGACAUCUCCCAUCAUCACAGGAAAGAUUCGCACCAUUCGCAAGUCUCCACCCAUUCUGAUUAUCGGCUAAGUGAUACGGAUAGUAUUGGCGGCUGCAAGAUGCCCACCAUACUGGAGAAUGGACCGAUUAAUAAUCGUUAUCAGGCCUCCUCGCUCUAUUAUGGAUUACGCCGCGGCCCGGUGGUGAUGGGUUUGAUUGAGAUGCUCUUGGGGAUCAUCCUCUUGUUCCCCAGUUUGCUGGUCGGAAAUUUGCCCACGUGCUAUGCCACAAUUGGUCUUACCAUAUUUACGGGCAUCGUGGGGAUAUCCCUGGGCUGCAUCUGUAUCCAGCCGCCUAAUCCACUGGAGAUUACCGAGCAUGAUGUGCAGUCAUUAUUGCCCAUGCUGGAGUUGUAUUUGGCCCUGUCCAUCCUGGCGGUAUGCUUAUCAUUAGCUUCCAUAACCCACGGUGCAAUCAUCAUUGCCCUCCAUGCCAUCCCGGAAAACCUCCUGGGCGUGGUCAGCACCACGAUGGGGCUCUUUCUCCUCCUAAUGAACACAUUCCCCACCGUUAUGGUUAUACAACAACUGCACCGCUUAAAGAAACCCAACGUUAUUCAGAAUUUAACCGAGCAGCGGCGACGACCGCUCCUGUUGGGUGGCUACCAUCCAUCAGCAUCCAGUUUCAAUUUAAACACGAUGGCCCACAUCCAGACGGCCAUGCGGCGCUCAUCGUCCUCCAGUAACACACUGCACUUACUGCCUAACGUCAUCAACGACAACCAGGCCAGUCUACUGCGCCGGCUGGAUAAUAAUGGACCACCGGUAGUCCACGCCGGACGCGAUGUCUUCAACACAGCCAGUGGACGGCAGAUUAGCGUUACUGUGGAUGAAUACAAAUGAACGGCGCACCUAGUCCGUAGCAUAUCAGUUGUCACAAAAUCUCUAUUGCCACAACAACGAUAACCAGAGGAAAUUAUUUAUUCAAGAGGAAUACAAAAAAAUCUAUUUCUUGCAAUGCUGUUUUGUACGGACCAAUCGUAUCCGGUGGAAGUGGUGCCGGUAAAUGUCAUACGAUGCUCGUUGACAUUUGGGACAAUAUUAUGAAAAUGCUUCUUAUCCGAUCCGGUGACCGAGAGUUAGUGGCGUCGGGGAAUCCUGUUGCCGACUGUACAGAGUACAGACUAUAGACCGUUGUAAACAGCUGAUUAUCCACUACCGCUUAUUCACAGGAAGCCUGUCGUUGAUUUCCGGUGUCCUUGAGAUGGCUUCUCUUGGAAAUGCAAAUGGGCUCGUCCUACCGCUCACGUUUCGGAAUGCUAACGACCUCAUUUCCCGACGUACCACAUGCUCGACGAGUGACAAGAUAAUAUUAUUGAUUGUGAUAAAUGUGUACGGUGGCAUUGCCGGAAAUUUGUAAGUUAAAUCGUUAAGCAGAUUUUUGCAGUCUAUUUUCGGGGCCAAAUUGUGUAGCUGUCCACUGUAGACCUUUCUCUUUAUUGUGAUAGUAUUUUUUCUACGGAUUGAUCUAUUUAAUCAAUUGUUUAUUUUCGGUCAGAAUUGUUACUACGAAAAAGAAAACAAACCACUCGAAA